ACGCCCUCUGGUGAAAGAUUAGGUUUAGCUCUGAGAAAGAUGACGUCAUCACUUUCGCGGUGACGUAUAAUUACACUUUGGAUAAAAACUUCACCUCGACCGGUAAGGGGUAUGAGCUGAGACGGUAUGAGAUGUCCCAAUGGGUUGCAACAAGAGAUCUAGUGAGGGGAUACGGUGCUCUGAUGAACUAUCGAGAGAACAAAUUGGUAUAUAAAUUGUUCCGAUACAUUUCUGGAAAGAACACACUCGGAAUGAAGAUACCGAUGAUAUCCCCUAUGCUGAUGACCGUUUACCCCGGGGUGGGAAGGAAUUACGAACAGAGUGUGAUGGAGAUGCACUUCAUGAUCCCCCACCACAUGCAGCCCUUCCCCCCGGCCCCCACCGACCCCACCGUGUACAUCACUAUGCUCCCUCCCAUGGACGUCUACGUCAAAUCGUUAAGUAGGUUCACUAAUCACAGAAUGAACCUGAGGAAAUCGUUCUCUAAUAACAGAAUGAACCUGAGGAAAUCGUUCUUUAAUAACAGAAUGAACCUGAGGAAAGUGAAAGAACUAAUGAAACAAAUCAACAACAGAAAUCUCUACCAUAGAGACCAUUUUUACCAGGCCGGAUAUGACGGUACCAGCUCUAUGAAUAGACAUGAUAACGAGGUCUGGCUCGUUGCCAAAAACUAAUAGUGUGUACAAGACAUAUUUUCAUGAUAUUUUCAUGUCUUAAACAUAUUAUUGGACUGAUCUAAUAAUAAAGUUAUCAAAAUAAUCUGUGCUCCCUACUGAUGAUGUAAAUAAAAAGUUCUGAGGAUC